GGACUAUGUAACUAGCCAUCAUCCUGCUUAUCCCUGCAAAACUUCUGCUUAUUUUUUUGUAUCUCUUCCGUAAUUGAUCCAUGUGUUGACAAAUGUUAGUUUCAAUGUUGUCCUUUCUUAGUUUACCAAAAUGACCAUCUCGUCAAGGUAUUUGUUUUGCAUUCCAAGUGUCUGGUAGGUUGUGCCCAUAAAUGCCAAAGCAUUUACCUUGUCUUGCAUUAGUAAAACGUCAAAUACUCAAAAAUUCCUGCAUGUUUUCAAUUUCUUAAAUGAUUCAUUGCAUUGAGUUGAGUCGUAUCCUAUUGCAGUCGCUGAGGAACAUGCUACUACUUCAGUAUCUUGUCCAUGUUCUUGAAGGAGACUUUUUACCUCGGAAUCGUUUGUUUAAUGAAAACAUGAACUGGACCCUUCUGAGGGAGUCAUUGCUCAACAUGCUUCUGGGUUCAAGAAAAAUAAUGUACAAGGGAUUAAUCAAGGAUUGCCUAUCAAUUAUCUGUGUAAUUUCAAAUGGUCAUACAGAAUUCAGUAAUGGUAGGCGAUAUCAAGAAAAUUCUUCUGCAGAACAAUUGAAAAAUUGUGACACUGCUGUUGCAAUUGCUUUGCCUGAAGCAGAAAAGUGUACAUGUAGUGCCUUGCAGAAACUCCUAUUGAUGAUCAUGGAGCUAGAUAAAUCCAAGAAGAUUGCAGAUAUGCAAGGUCAUACUAGCAGAGCUGAUGGUGUGAGAAUCCCAGUGGUAGAGAUAAUUCUAGAUGAACUUGCUUACAAUGAAGAUAUCAUUUCCCCAUUUUUUCUGGUCUUUGAUGAACCUAAAUGGAAGCUGGAAAUAAUUGUGCAGUAUUUCCAGAAGUACAUUGCUAAACCUUCUGUUCGAACUCGGAGGUCAAAUGGUGGAACUGAUGAUGCAACAUUUGAUGGAAUUCUGAAGUGCUUGUCAAAUAUCAACAGCACAAAAAGUAUCAUAAAGAAAAUUAGCAUAGGAGUUGUUCAACUGCUUUUAUCACAUGCCUUUCAGGCUUAUUUGUCAUUAUCAUCUCAGCAUUCAGUCAAAGACAUCUCUGAUUCCAAGGGAGAUGUCAAAGGCAGCUCUCUUGUGGAUAUUUGCAACAAUAUGAUAUCCGCUUUUACCUGUCUUAGGAGAACGGACGAGCACACAGAGAUUUUACCUUUUGGAAAAGAAGCAUUGUUCACCGCAGCAACAAUCCUCGCAACGAAGUCAUAGCAAGCUCAGAAUCAGUUAAAUUGAGAAGUAUAUAAUUAUCAAUGCCUUUAUGCCAUGUAAAAAGAUAAGUGUAAGUAAAGAAUGGACCAAGCUCUGCAAAAGCUUGGUACCCUUGUGCUUUUGCUCUUUUUCAUGCCACUGAAGUUGGGCAUUUCUGUAUUUGUCCAGACAAGGAUUGGCUUUGCCUUAUUUGUUCAUGUCAGUUAUUUGCAAU